UGAGGAAAACGUAUAUUUGCUUUGUCGUUCGCUGGUUUCACGAGGCGUCGCUCACGUGGAUGAUUUGGCCGUCGUGUUCAUUUCCAAUCCUGACCGCAAGGUUCCCAUGUGGUGUCAGAAGGCCGGCAUGUGUCGUGCUGAUGAUAAUAGUGGGAGCGAAGGGGGGGGUGGUGUGGAGGAGCAGGGUCUGGUGGUUUGGGACUACCAUGUCAUCGCUAUCCAUGUGAAGCACAUCAAUGGAGCAAGAGGUGGUGACAGAGGGGGAUCUGAAGGGAGUAGGUGUCGCAAGUGGUAUGUGUGGGACCUUGACACAGUAUUGGCCUUUCCAAGUUUAGCAACGGAGUAUGUGCGGCGGGCGCUGUGGGCCGGGAGAAGUUCCCUCCUUCCUCUACAAGAUACUUAUCAAAGGUUUUACAGGGUGGUUUCUGCUUCCAACUAUUUCAGUUUCUUCGCGUCUGAUCGGUCUCACAUGCGUGACACUAUCACAAACAUGUGGCUAGCCAGCCCUCCGAAGUACCCAUGCAUUCGUUCGCAAG